CGCAAUGGCUUAAUAAUAUAGCAGUAACCGAGAUCUUAACUAAAUCAUCUUUAGAUGCAAUCCCCAAAGAAUGGAUUGAGCAUUUACAAAUUUUGGAAAAUGAUGAACUCAAUGAUAUCGUAGUGAGAAAGGCAAUAAAGGUUAGUCAAAAAAUUAAGAAUAUUGCAUAACAGAUUCUUAAAAAAUUUUUAAUGAAUUAUUUUAACAUAUUUUCAUUGUUUCAGCCUGAAUGGCCCGAUUCGUUAAAAAUGUACGUUGAAAAAUGUCAAAAUAUCAACAGAUUGUCACCCAUACAGAUAUCACCUUCUAAAAUAGAAUUGCCACAGAAAUUUAAAAUUGGUCUCAGUCAAAAGAAACAACACGAAAUAAUACAUUUUGCUCAUUUAGUGCAUACACAAUGCAAGUUGCAUAAUAUACAGACAAUCAUUGAUUUAGGUGCAGGUUUGGGUUACAUAUGCCAAAUUUUACAUUAUUUGUAUGGUUACCAAGUCCUGGGUUUAGAAAGAAACAUAGAAACCGUGAACAGAGCAUGUAUUAGACAAGCAAAGUUGCAUCUCGAUUCUUUGUCUAAAGUGAAAUAUAUCCAUUGUAAUGUGACGCGUGAUUCCGCCAAUACGAUAGAAUCCAUCUUGCAGAAAGAGUUCCCUGGCUUUACGGAUGCAUGUCUAAUCGGUUUGCAUGCCUGCGGAGACUUAAGUGCGGACGCAUCGAGAAUUUUCUGCAAAAUAAAGUCCAUUAAGCUAUUUAUUCUAAUCUCUUGCUGUUAUCACAAACUUUCUAUUUCCAAGAAUAUACAGACUCUAUUGCAGAAGAAACAAUAUUUUCACAAUUUUCCCAUAUCGAAUUGUCUACGAGAAACGAUCGCGGCGCACAAUUUUGACAUAGGCCAGUUCUUAAGAAUACCCUUUCUGCGAUUAGCGAGUCAAGAAUCGGUGGAUAAAUGGUGUGGCAUGCCCAAAGAAAAGCACGAUGAACAUUCCUUUCACGUUCUCGCUCGUGCCGUGCUCGAGUUAUACUCGCAACAAAAUAAUCUUGUUCUUAAAAAAAAAGUUCGGAAAGGUACGAGAAAGUCCCAAUGUUCGAGUUUUCAAACUUACGUUAAGGAUUCGUUGUUAAGAUAUGAUCUAGUACCGGAUACGAACGUAAAGUUUACAGGUAAUGCGAUCGUACACGAUGAAUUAGAGAAAGGCAUAACACAAGUAUGGGAAGAACAAAAUAAAAAAUUAGACAUUGUUAAGAUCUACUCUGCUCUGCAAAUGAUGCUACAACUUCCAGCAGAGUCAUUGAUUCUACAGGAUCGAUUAUCCUGGUUACAUGAACGAGGCCUAAAAGCUGUCAUUGUGCCUGUGAUGAACAAGUCUAUGUCUCCUCGUUCAUAUGCAAUAGUGUCUCAUAAAAACUGA